AUGAGCAACGCGCAGAUGAUGGGCAAUUAUUAUUUGUGUACGAAGGAUGGAAAGGGUGUACAUGUGCAAAGUGCGGCAGCAAACCACGCCCUAAUGCCACAAGGCAACCGAAGGGGACUCGAAGGUUGUGUGUAUCACAAGCUGCAUGCGAAUGAAGGAGAUGCGGACUUCGAGACAUCUAUGGCUGCGCUGAACCAUGAUGGGUUAGAUAGUGACGAUGAGGACGAAGAAGCGAUUAAACUAAGCAAACCCGUCAAGAGCUGCUUACGGAAACCUGCCAGAGGGAAGGGUAAAGCGCAAGCAGAUAGUCCGACACCACGCAGGACCGAAAAGCUCGUACAUUUUGACAAUGAGUUCGAGAUUGCGUGGACACACAAAAAGGAACGCUAUGAGCGCUCGUUCUAUCCGCCCAGUAUGCGGGAAGCGAAGACCCGGAGCGAGGGUAUAGCCAAUGAAGUACAGGAUCUACACAAGGACUUAUUUGGUGACGAUGGCUCAUACUGCUUCGCUAUGGCCGUGCGGAAGGCGCGUCUUGCGAAGAUGCAGAAGGCCAAAAUAGAGGCGUUAGACAUUGCGGAAGGAACCAGUAAUGUUAGUGGAGGGGGCCCCUCUUCUUAA